GCGACCGCGACGUAUCGUCCUUAUCGACGUCACCGCGUCACCGCUGACAAUCACAUCUACCCCGCUGACAUUCAGCCACCAAUCUGCACUGGUUUGGUCGCCACGUCAGGCAUGCCGAGCUCGACAGGCAUCUAUCCAGCGCUCAAGCCGUUCAGAGAAGAACAAUUCGCCGUUAGCGACUUGCAUACGCUCUACGUGGCACAGUAUGGCAACCCGAACGGUCUCGCAGCUGUCCAUUUGCACGGAGGACCGGGAGGAGGAACCGAUCCUUACGAUGCACGACGCUUCGACCCUGAGGUCUAUAGGAUUGUGCUAUUCGAUCAGCGAGGCUCCGGCAAAUCAACUCCGUCGAGUGAACUACGAGAGAAUACGACUUGGGACCUCGUAGAAGAUAUUGAAAAGAUCAGGAGUCAUCUACAAAUCGAGAAAUGGAUCGUCUUUGGGGGCUCAUGGGGCAGCACGCUCUCUCUUGCAUACGCUCAGAAGCAUCCAGAAAGAGUGCUUGCUCUUGUCCUGCGCGGCAUCUUCUGCCUACGUAAAGAGGAACUCAAGUUCUUCUACCAGGGCGACGGAACAUCAUUUCUCUUUCCCGAGUACUGGCAAGAGUAUAUCUCUGUCAUACCCGAGAACGAACGCGAGGACAUCAUCAAAGCAUACCACAGACGACUGACAGGUGAUGACAAGUCGGCCCGAGCUGCAGCUGCCAAAGCAUGGACAACCUGGGAGAUGGCAACUUCGAAAUUACAUAUUGACGAGGCGAUGGUCAAAGAGGGCGAAGAUCCGGCAUUUGCAGAUGUAUUUGCACGUAUCGAAUGCCACUACUUUGUCAAUGAGGGCUGGAUGAGACAGGGUCAAUUGCUAGAGAAGGAAGAAGUCGACAAACUACGCAAGAUACCCGCUGUGAUCGUGCAAGGACGAUACGAUUGCGUUUGUCCGAUGACGACAGCAGAGGCACUGCACCGAGUGUGGCCAGAGGCAAAGUACAUCGUCGUUCCCGAUGCGGGACAUUCGGCAAAGGAAAAGGGUAUCGAGACUGCGCUUAUGAACGCUACGGACGACUUUAGACGGCUCAAAGAUGUGUGAUGAACAAGGAAUGCAUACUACGACGUUUUGUCCAUUGCCGG